AUGAAUCGACCAAAUCAAAUCAGUACCAAACACUCUAUUUCAAAAUUCCAAGAAAGCCUAUGGUUCGAAUAUUGUAGUGAUCCCAAUUCUUAUAAUUACAAUGUAAUUUCUAUUACUGAGGUGGACAAAACUAAAUCUAUUCAAGAAAUCGUUUUUGCCGCUAAUAAUUUGAUUUCAAGGCAUGCGCUUUUACGAAGUACAUUUCAUGAUAAGGAUGACGACGGGAAGCCCACAAAAUGCUACCGAAAAGAAUAUCCAGUGGAUCACGUGAAUAAUGUUGUUCAUUUGAUGAUGAUUCCCGUUGAAGAUAGAGAUAAUUUAGUUAAAAAACCUUUUGAACUUGAAAAAUUAUACCCUAUUCGAUUUUAUCUUUUUGUAGAUCCAAUUAAAUCAGAUUAUAAAAUCUAUAUUAUUUGCCAUCAUAUUGUUAUUGAUGGUUUAGGCAAUUACAAUUUAUUGCUUGAUUUUCAUAAUUUGUUAUCUGGUAAAUCCUUGCCAAUGCUUAAUGGGACUACAUUCGAUGAUUUUAUCAUCCAACAUGAGGAAUGGCUUUAUUCAAAUGAUUAUAAAGUCAAACAGAAAUUUUGGCGUGAUCAAAUUAACUCAACCAAAAAUAUUGAAUGGCCAAUACAAUUUUCAUCUGUUCAGCAAACUUUAGAAGAUAAACAAAGUACACUUCAACAUCAAGUUUUUCAUAACAACGUUGAAGAAUUGAGCGCCUUAGGUCAUAAAUUCAAAGUUACCUGGUUUGUGGCAAUGUUUUCAGCCGUGUGGAUCACUUUAUCAUCAUUUGUCGAUUUAAAAAAUGCCAAUAUCUGGCUUCCAUUUUCUGCACGUUCUAUGCCGGUGAAUCAUGAUAAAAACGCAUUAUCUCAACUUGUCGGUCAUUUUGCUAAUAAUAUGCCAGUUCAUCUAAAUAUUGAUAAAUUUAAUUCAAUUGGUUUGCGUUCAACCAUUCAACAAAUAGCAAAAUUAAUAUCUACCGCAAAACAAAAUGAAAUGUACCCGUUUAUUGAUCUAGCAAGAUAUGCACAACAAACAUUAAAACGUAAACUUGUUCAACAAAUUAUUAUAAAAAAAACACCAAAAAUGCCUAUGAAUUCUCAAUUCAAAACUUUUAAGUCUGAUGUAGAACUUUGGUUUGAUUUUAGUGAACAAUCAGAUAAUACAAUAAUCUUUAAUAUUAAUUAUAAUUCAACAAUUUUUAAUACUCAUAAUAUUAAAUUAAUGGGUGAACAAUUUUUAAAAGUUGUAAAUAUAAUGAAAAAUUAUGAUGACUUAGAAUUAAAAAUUCCAAAACUUUUAAACGAUCAAGAUAAUUCAAUAUCAAUCAAAUUAAUACCUAAAUCCGAAAAUGAUUUAUCAGUACCACGAUCAUUUCCAACAAUCCAAGAACUUUUUCAACAACAAGCAAAGAAAUUACCAAAUCAUCUAGCAUUAUACAUGGGUGAACUUGGAUUAUCAAUGACAUAUGAACAAUUAGAUAAGAAAAGUAAUCAAAUUGCUCGAUAUCUUUUUCAAAUUGGGGUUAAAGUAGAAACCCUAGUUGCGAUUCAUUUAAAUCCAGAUAUGCAUAUGAUUCCUUGGAUAUUAGGCAUUCUUAAAGCUGGCGGUGCUUAUGUUCCUAUUGAUAAAACAUAUCCAGCGGAAAGAAAGAAUUUUAUAAUCAAAGAUUCUAAAGUUUUAUAUUUUAUCACUGAUGAGGAAUGUAAUGAUUGGAUUGAAAACUUUUCUGGUAAAAUAAUUCAAAGUGAUACAAUGGAUGUCAUUAAACAAUCCUAUGACAUAGUCAAAUCAGUAUGCCAUGGAGAAAAUCUUUGCUAUAUUAUGUACACUUCGGGAUCAACAGGAAGACCAAAAGGCGUAUUAAUAGAACAUAAAGGCGUUACAAGUUUAUUGAUGGACCCUAAAUAUGAACAUUUUAGAUAUAAAGAUAGAGGAAUUAGGGUAUUACAAGUGCUAUCCAUGGCAUUUGACGGGUCAAUAUUAGGUUGGGCAAUGGCAGUUACCAAUGGUUCAACUAUUUGCUUUGCUAAAAAUCCAAAAUUAUUGGUUGGAAAUUACUUAUUAGAUGUCAUUAAAUGUAAUGAAGUAGAAGCAAUGACAGUUGUACCAACUAUCUUGGCUACCAUAUCACCUGAUAAGUGUAGUCAAACUUUUAAAUAUCUCGAAGUUGCUGGAGAAGUUCUUCCAAAUAAUUUAGCUUACCUUUGGAAGAGUCGUCUUAAGAAAUUUAUUAACACAUAUGGUCCUACUGAAGUAGGUGUUAUGGUAACAAAUUAUGAUAUAAUACCUGAAAAAAGUCUUGUCACAUUCGGAUCUACAGUUGGAACUCCGCGUGAUCAUACUUCUGUAUAUAUUUGUGAUCCAAUAACGCAAGAAUUAUCAAGUGAUAAAGGAGAAAUAUUGAUUGGUGGUGCUGGAUUGGCACGAGGAUAUUUAAACCGAGAAGAUAUUACUAAAGAACGUUUUAUAUUCCAUCCAAAAUUACAAAAACGCUUAUAUCGUAGUGGUGAUCAAGGAUGUAUUCUAGAAGAUGGUAAAAUUGUUUAUUUAGGAAGGUUUGAUCGUCAAGUGAAGCUUCGUGGAUUUAGAAUCGAGCUCUCUGAAGUUGAAGCAAUAAUUUUGAGUAAAUGUCCAGAGAUUUGUCAUGCAUCAGUCCAAGUUAAUGAAGAAAAAGAGUCAUUAGUAGCAUUUGUUAUGCCAGAAGAUAUAGAUCAUAAAGCAAUUCGAAAUAAAUUAAACAAGACUAUGGUAAAAUUUCAAGUUCCGGAUAUUAUUCCAGUUGCUAAUUUGCCAUGCACACAUAAUGGAAAGACAGAUCAUGCUAAAGUUAAGAGCAAUAUGCCCGAAUUACUCAAGAAAGUUAUCGUCUCUGAGGUCUCAAAACCUCAACAUAAAACUUCUAAAGUCUUACUUGUUUCGCAUCUACAAGUUCUAUGGCAGGAUGUUCUUGCUUUGAAAGAAAAACCAGAUGUUAACACUAAUUUCUUUGACCUUGGCGGCCACUCUCUUUUAUUAUUACAAUUACAAAAGAAAAUUCAACAGCAAAUUUCAUCAGUUGACCUUAUUGAUCUUUUCCAAAAUCCAACAAUUAAAACUAUGGCGAAUCUUCUGAUGCCUACAGAUCAAUCUUUAGAUUUAGAUAACUCUAUAAUUGCGCUUAAUAAUGAUCAAGCAAUAACAGCAAGUGAAAUAGCAAUUAUAGGCAUGGUUGGGUGUUUCCCUGGAGCCGACUCAGUUGAUGAAUUAUGGAAGAUGAUAAAAACUGGACAACAUGGGAUUCAUACAUUUACAGACAAAGAACUUGACGAGAUGAAUACAAAAAAUCGUAAUGAUCCUUAUUAUGUACCAAAAUGUGGAAUACUUUCAAAUAUUGACAAAUUUGAUGCUGAAUUCUUUAAAAUUAGUCAUCAAGAAGCUGUUUCAAUGGAUCCACAACAACGUUUACUAUUAGAAAAAAGUGUACAAGCUUUGGAUGAAGCAGGAAUCAAUCCACAGCAUGAAAAAGGACGAAUUGGGGUAUUUUUUGCAAUUGAAAAUAGUACAUAUAAGAAUUUUUCAUGUAAUAAUGAAAAUGAUCCUGCAAAAGAAUUUAGUGAUUACAUUAAUACCUUAUCUGGAAGUGCAGCAACAAGAAUUGCAUACCAUCUAAAUCUUAAAGGACCAGCAUUUUCUCUUAAUUCUGCCUGCUCUAGUUCUUUAACAGCAUUAAAAACAGCAUGGAACAGUAUUCGAUGUGGUGAUUGCGACGUGGCUAUAGUUGGUGCUGCCUCCAUUAGAUUGCCGCAAUCUGGUUAUGUAGCACAACCAG